AAGCUCAAGGAACGGAUUGAUCGAGUUAGACUUGAUGUGCCAACAAUUGAAGUUCGGUUCGAGCAUCUUACUGUUGAGGCAAAAGUUUAUAUUGGAAGCAGAGCACUGCCCACAUUACUCAACUUUGCUAUCAAUAUGUUACAGGGCAUGCUACAUUAUCUUUACAUUUUUCCAAGUAGAAAGACACCUUUAACAAUCCUUCAAAAGAUUAGUGGCAUCAUCAAGCCUCAAAGAAUGACUUUGCUUUUGGGUCCCCCAAGCUCUGGAAAGACCACAUUACUAUUAGCUCUGGCUGGAAGACUUAGUAAAGAUUUAAAAUCUUCCGGGAGGGUUACAUAUAAUGGACAUGGAAUGGAAGAAUUUGUACCUCAAAGAACAUCAGCUUAUAUAAGUCAAAAUGAUCUCCACAUAGGAGAAAUGACAGUGAAAGAGACAUUGGCUUUCUCAGCUAGAUGUCAAGGAGUUGGAUCAAAUUGUGACAUGUUGGCAGAACUAUGUAGAAGAGAGAAGGAGGAGAAUAUCAAACCUGACCCUGACAUUGACAUCUACCUGAAGGCAGCAGCACUAGAAGGGCAGGAGACCAGUGUAGUUACUGAUUAUAUUCUCAAGAUUCUGGGACUUGAAGUCUGUGCUAAUACUAUGGUGGGGGAUGAAAUGGUAAGAGGCAUCUCAGGUGGAGAAAGAAAGCGUGUCACAAUAGGGGAGAUGCUUGUUGGACCAGUAAGAGCUCUCUUCAUGGAUGAGAUAUCAACUGGCUUGGACAGUUCUACAACUUUCCAAAUAGUAAAUUCACUCAGGCAAUCCAUCCAUAUUCUAAGCAGAACUGCAGUUGUCUCCCUCCUUCAGCCAGCCCCCGAAACUUAUAACCUGUUUGAUGAUAUUAUUCUUCUCUCAGAUGGGCAAAUCGUGUAUCAGGGUCCACGCGAAAAUGUGCUUGAAUUUUUUGAAUCCAUGGGAUUCAAGUGUCCUGAGAGGAAAGGAGUUGCUGACUUCUUGCAAGAGGUGACAUCAAGGAAAGAUCAAGAGCAGUACUGGGCACGUUUAAAUGAGCCAUAUAGCUUUGUUACUGUCAAUGAUUUCGCAGAAGCAUUCCAGUCAUUUCCAGUUGGUCAGAAACUUGGUGAUGAGCUUGCUGUUCCCUUUGACAAGUCCAAAAGUCACCGUGCUGCUUUGUCAGCCAAGAAGUAUGGCGUUAACAAGAAGGAGUUGUUCCGAGCUUGCGUUUCUAGAGAAUUCUUGCUCAUGAAGAGGAACUCAUUUGCCUUCAUUUUCAAAUUUGCCCUACUUAUCAUGUUAGCUUCUAUAACAGCAUCAAUAUUUCUACGAAUUAAGAUGCACAAAGACACAGUGGAGGAUGGUGGAGUUUAUAUGGGUGCUUUGUUCUUUGCGGUCAUUGCAGCAAUGUUUAAUGGAAUAUCAGAACUCAACAUGGCCAUUAUGAAACUUCCUGUCUUCUACAAACAAAGAGAUCUUCUCUUCUUUCCUUCAUGGGCAUACUCUCUACCUGCAUGGAUCCUCAAGAUCCCAAUCACUCUUGUAGAAAGUGCCAUUUGGGUGCUCAUUACUUAUUAUGUCAUAGGAUUUGAUCCAUGUGUUGAAAGGUUUGUCAAGCAGUACAUUUUACUCCUGUGCAUAAACCAGAUGGCGUCUGGGAUGUUCAGGCUCAUGGCAGCCUUCGGAAGGGAUGUAAUAGUUGCAAGCACAACUGGAACCUUUGCAUUGCUUAUAAUUAUGGUUUUGGGUGGAUUUGUCUUAUCUCGAGAGGCUGUGCCAAAAUGGUGGUUGUGGGGUUACUGGGUCUCGCCGUUAAUGUAUGGACAAAAUGCUAUUACUGUGAAUGAAUUUCUUGGAAAGAAUUGGAGACAUGUUCCACCUAAUUCUACAGAAUCCUUGGGAGUUUUGAUCCUGAAGUCUCAUGGAAUUUUCCCAGAAGCACGAUGGUAUUGGAUUGGAGUAGCAGCUUUAAUUGGAUAUAUUCUUCUAUUCAAUCUCCUUCUUACUUUGGCUCUGCAGUAUCUUGAUCCAUUUGGUAAGCCUCAGACAGUACUAUCCAAAGAAGGCAUGGCUGAAAGAAAAGCUAGCACAACUGGAGAGUUCAUUGAGCUAUUGCCAAGGGGAAAGAGCUCUUCUGGAAAUACUGAAGGUCAAAGAAGCUUACCGUUAUCUGAAAGAGGGGGAAGAACUGAUGAAGCUAAUGGGAAAAGGAAGCGUGGCAUGGUUCUUCCUUUUCAACCGCUUUCCCUUGCUUUCAAUGAGAUCAGAUAUGCAAUAAAUAUGCCACAGGAAAUGAAAGCUGAGGGUGCUCAAGAGGAUCAGUUGGAACUUUUGAAGGGUGUGAGUGGUGCAUUUAGGCCAGGAGUCUUAACAGCUCUAAUGGGUGUCAGUGGGGCUGGCAAGACCACUCUAAUGGAUGUGUUGGCUGGAAGGAAAACUGGCGGACAUAUCAAGGGAAGCAUCAUGGUAUCUGGGUAUCCGAAAAAGCAAGAAACAUUUGCUCGCAUAUCAGGAUAUUGUGAGCAAACUGAUAUCCACUCUCCUCAUGUUACAGUUUAUGAAUCUCUACUUUUUUCUGCAUGGCUUCGGCUACUCCCUGAGGUUGAUUCUGCAACAAGAAAGAUGUUCAUCGUGGAAGUCAUGGAGCUUGUGGAGCUGACUUCAUUAAGGGGAGCACUUGUGGGAUUACCUGGUGUGACCGGUCUUUCGACUGAGCAGCGCAAAAGACUGACGAUUGCUGUUGAGCUUGUUGCAAAUCCAUCUAUAAUCUUCAUGGAUGAACCAACCUCCGGCCUUGAUGCCAGAGCAGCAGCAAUCGUGAUGAGAACCGUGAGGAACACGGUGGACACAGGAAGAACUGUGGUUUGCACCAUCCACCAGCCAAGCAUAGACAUAUUUGAUGCAUUUGAUGAGCUUCUUCUGUUGAAAUUGGGAGGUGAGCAAAUAUAUGGUGGUCCAUUAGGCUCCCAUUCCUCUCAUCUGAUCAAGUACUUUGAGGGAUUUAAUGGAGUUCCUAAAAUCAAAGAUGGAUAUAACCCUGCAACCUGGAUGUUGGAGAUUACUUCGGCAGCCCAAGAGGCAGCUCUUGGGGUUAAUUUCACAGAGGUGUACAUGAAGUCCGAACAAUUUAAGAGCAGCAAAGCAAUGAUCAAGGAACUAAGUACACCUCCCUCGGGUUCUAGAGAUCUAUACUUCCCUACUCGCUACUCUCAGUCUUUUCUCAUCCAAUGUAUGGCUUGCCUAUGGAAACAGCACUGGUCUUACUGGAGAAACCCAUCAUACAGUGCAGUAAGGCUGCUAUUCACAACGUUCAUCGCUUUGUUGUUCGGUUUGAUAUUCUGGAAUCUUGGAUCGAAAAGGACAAAGCAGCAAGAUCUCUUCAAUGCUAUGGGUUCCAUGUAUGCUGCUGUAAUCUUUCUCGGGGUACAAAACGGUGCCUCAGUGCAGCCGGUUGUGGCUGUUGAGAGAACAGUCUUUUACAGAGAAAGAGCAGCUGGAAUGUAUUCGGCUUUGCCCUACGCCUUUGGACAGAUGAUGAUUGAGCUUCCCUACAUCUUCAUUCAGACUGUUAUUUAUGGAGUCAUAGUGUAUUCCAUGAUGGGAUUUGAUUGGAUUGCUGCCAAGUUCUUUUGGUACCUGUUUUUCUUGUACUUCACCUUGUUAUACUACACAUUGUAUGGCAUGAUGACCAUGGCUCUCACUCCCAACCACACCAUUGCUGCCAUAACCUCAUCUACCUUCUAUGCAAUAUGGAACCUUUUCUCCGGAUUUGUUGUUCCUCCGACAAGAAUUCCAAUAUGGUGGAAAUGGUACUAUUGGGUCUGCCCUGUUGCUUGGACAUUGUAUGGAAUGGUUGCUUCACAAUUUGGAGACAUAAAGGAUACACUGGAGUCAGGGGAAUCAGUGGAGCAUUUCUUGAGAAGUUACUUUGGAUACAAGCAUGACUUUUUGGGCAUCGUUGCAGUCGUGAUUGUUGGAUUUUCAUUGCUAUUCGGCUUCAUCUUUGCCUAUGGAAUUAGAGCAUUUAAUUUCCAAAAAAGAUGAGAAUGUUAUACAAAUAAAUAUAUGAACAAUAACCAUUGUUGAGUAACCUA